AUGUCUAUAGAGAUCAUUCUGUGCCACAAACAGUUCCAUGUUUGGUUUUUGGUAUUUGCUUCCUAUCCACAUACAAUGAAUAAAGACAACACACUCCACGUUGACACAAUCAUGAAAAUCACUAUGUUCUCUGAAGUGAGUGUUGGCAUCUCAGCUAACAGUAUCCUGUUUUUUGCUCACCUGUGCAUGCUCCUUGGAGAGAACAAGCCUAAGCCCAUUCAUCUCUACAUUGCAUCCUUGUCCCUAACACAACUAAUGCUGCUUAUAACUAUGGGACUCAUAGCUGCAGACAUGUUUAUGUCUUGGGGGAGGUGGGAUUCUACCCCAUGCCAGUCCCUUAUCUAUUUGCACAGGCUUUUGAGGGGUUUUACCCUCUGUGCUGCCUGUCUGCUGAGUGUCUUUUGGAUGAUCACUCUUAGUCCUAGAAGCUCCUGUUUAUCAAAGUUUAAACAUAACUCUCCCCAUCACAUCUCAGGUGCCUUUCUUUUCCUUUGUGUUCUCUAUAUGUCUUUUAGCAGUCACCUCUUAGUAUCAAUUAUUGCUACCCCCAAUUUAACCUCAAAUAUUUUUAUGUAUGUUUCUCAGUCCUGCUCACUUCUACCCAUGAGUUACUCCAGAACAAGCACGUUUUCCACAACAAUCGCCAUCAGGGAAGCUUUUCUUAUCAGUCUCAUGGCCCUGUCCAGUGGGUUUAUGGUGACUUUCCUAUGGAGACACAAGAAGCAGGCCCAGCAUCUUCACAGCACCGGCCUUUCUUCAAAGGCAUCUCCAGAACGAAGGGCAACCAGAACCAUCCUGCUGCUCAUGAGCUUCUUUGUGGUUCUCUACAUUUUAGAAAAUGUUGUCUUCUACUCAAGGAUGAAGUUCAAGGACGGGUCAACGUUCUACUGUGUCCAAAUUAUUGUGUCCCAUAGCUAUGCCACCAUCAGCCCUUUUGUGUUUCUUUGCACUGAAAAGCAUAUGACUAAGAUUUUGAGGUCAGUGUGUACCAGAAUAAUAAAUAUUUGA